CGUUUGUGCGCCUCCUGUCUUGAAGCGGAGGUGAAGAAGAGUUUACUUUCCAGAGUUGAAGGUUUGGUUUCGGUGGUGUGUUUUCGUCUGGAGUAAAAGGGUUUGCCGAGCCCCCUUUUUUUUUUAAAGGAGCCAAGAUGCUGAACAUGUGGAAGGUCAGGGAGUUGGUUGACAAAGCAACCAACGUGGUGAUGAACUAUUCAGAGGUGGAGUCUAAAGUCAGAGAGGCCACCAAUGACGACCCCUGGGGACCAUCAGGACAGCUGAUGAGUGAAAUCUCUAAAGCCACCUUCAUGUACGAGCAGUUCCCAGAGGUGAUGAACAUGCUGUGGGCCCGCAUGCUGAGGGAUAACAAGAAGAACUGGAGGAGAGUCUACAAGUCUUUGCUACUGCUGGCCCAUCUAAUCAGGAAUGGAUCAGAGAGGGUUGUUACCAGUGCCAGAGAACAUCUGUAUGACCUGAGAUCGUUAGAAAGCUACCACUUUGUAGAUGAGAAUGGGAAGGACCAAGGUGUGAAUGUGCGUCAUAAAGUGAAAGAGAUGGUGGAGUUUGUCCAGGAUGAUGAAAGGCUCAGGGAAGAACGGAAAAAGGCAAAGAAAAACCGAGACAAAUUCGUUGGGAUGUCCCAAAGCAGCAUGGGUUACUCGGGAGACAGGUACGACCCUGGGGGAAACCGAAGGUGGGACGACGACUGGGAGAAGAGUAAUGGGCAAUUCCCCUUCAGCGAGAAGUUGGGAGAGAUCAGCGACAAAAUCGGAAGCACCAUUGACGAUACCAUAAACAGAUUUAGGAAGAAGGAUAGAGAUGACUCACCAGAUAGAUUCAGUGAUCACGAGGACGACCGGGGACGCCCGUCUCGAAAUGGCCAGCCAGGAAAAGAAUUUAAAGAUGACGAGGAGACUGUUACCACCAAGAGUGUACACAUAGUCCAAGCAACAGAGACUACAGCAACACGAAAGCGAGGAGUCCCAUCCAAGAAAAUAGACUUGGGGGCAGCAACCAACUACACAGGAGACAAGAGCCCAGACACCGCCACCAAACAGCCCCAGCCCCAGCCAGCUGCCCCUCAGCCUUCAAGUACCGGCUUAGCUGACCUACUAAUGGUGGACACAACACCGAGCCAGCCUGCUGCCGCAGACCUGAUGAGUGGAUUUGCUGACUUCUCCUCGCCUGCUGCCUCCGUCGGCCUCUCCACAGGAACUGCAGCUCCAGCCUCUGGCAGCAACGGAGACUUUGGUGAGUGGAAUGCCUUCCCCGGAGGUCAGAUGCCAGCAGCUGCUCAGACUGUUGACAACAGUGGAAGUGACCUUUUUGGAGCCAUGACAGCAGGUCCUGCCAUUGCCCCAGCCCCCGCCCCAGUCUCAGCUCCAGGCUCUGGUCCUGCCUCAGCAGACCUGUUUGACUUGAUGGGGCCAACUCAGUCUCUCACCUCCUCCCAGAGCCUCAACUUUAGCAUGAGCAGCACACAGAGCAUGAGCACCACAGUCCUGCCCCAGUCUCGGUCACAGCCCAUCCAGAACAUGGGGGGUCCUCUACAACCACAGCCUGUCAUGUCCCUGCAGCCUGUACAGCAGGGAAUGGCCGCUCAAGGUGCCGGAGGCAAAGCGGCCCUCCCAUCUACCUGGGCAGACCAGUCCGUUAACAUCAGCCUGGACUUCCUGAGCCCGGGCAUGCAGCCACCCAAGCCUAGCCAGCCUACUCUCAACACCCUCCAACAUGGCAACCAGGUACCCGCCAACAUGCUCUCCCAGGGAUUUGCCGGUAUGAACCUUGGACCUACAGCAGUGAGACCACCUGUGAAUCCUAUGAUGCACCCUGGAGCUGGCAUGGGGAUGGGCAUGGGCAUGGGGAUGGGGAUGGCCCCCAACCAGGGCAUGAUGGGGAUGGGGAUGAACAUGGGGAUGCCCAGUGGAAUGGGAAUGGGAAUGGGAAUGGGAAUGAACCCUGCAAUGGUCCAACAGCCCAAACACGAUGCCUUCGCUGACUUCGCUAACUUUGGAAAGUGAUGGAGCUAGAGAGCAAAGAUUGUCUUGGAGUGGGUGUAGUUCUCUCUCUCUCUCUUUCUCUGUCUCUCCGUCCAUUGGUGAAGGAUUGUUAUGAGCUGAAAACAAAGAGUACUUGAAUAAUGUCAACUAUCACAAUACCAACGCCCCACAAUCUCCUUUUCUUUUUUUUUUUAAAGUAAUGCUGUGCAGUGAUAUGGAUCUCAAUGAAUGUGUGUUUGUCUGGUCUGGCGUGAUUGUUGGACACACACUGACAGUGAGUCUUGACAUUUACUAAAAAGUCAGAGAGGAGAAAUGAGUGUGCCAGUAAGAUACGUCAGGGGGGGAUUUGCUUUAUAACCUCAAUCAAGUGAAAUCACCAGAAUAGCAAAAAAUAUAUCUGUACCUGCAUACUUUCUUUGAUUUUUUUUUUUUUUGCAUUGUCAGUAACUUUACUGAAUGAAGAGUUUGAAUAACAUGAUCAGCCAUUUUAACUUUCUAAUGUACAUUUAAGAAUGUCAAGUUACCUCUCUCUUGUCCUUGCUCUUCCUUUUGACCUGUAAAUAGAAAUCUGGAGCCCUUACAAAUAAGUUAUGAAGUUCCUAUAUGAGAGGAAGUGACAGUGUGAUGAGUUGUAUCAUACAGAUCAAAUCUGAUAUGAAUUAAGACCCUAUAACGAAGCACAUUGACACUUUCUCUUUGUACAUAGUGUCCACACACGCGCUCCAGUUAAAGUAACGAGUGUCUGGAGUGAAGACUUGAUUUAAUUUGAGGAGUUUCUCCUCCUACAGAUCAUUUGUGGCCUUUCUUAUCGAUAUACAUAUCUAUAUAUUUUACUUAUGAAGAAAAUUAUAAUCUGUUUGCAUCCAAAUGAGAUAAUCAGUAGGUAGAAUAAGCCUCACACGGGGGUUGUGGGUUCUUUAUUACAGCACAGAAUGCCUGAAAGACUUUUGCCUUUUCUCUUUAGUUAACCUCUUUGAAGGAGACAAUGUGACUGUGCAGUGUUGAGGACAGAGCUUCUGUACUAUGUACAAAUGUGUGUUUGUACUUAUGCCUCAAGCCAAGCGUACUUUGUACAGAUAUCAGAUGCAAUUGUGUAAUAAUUUCGCUCCGCUCUGUUCUGUUUGUCCCAUGCACAGCUCGAGUACUUCCACUCUCUUCAGGUCAGCGAUAACUUCAGAGCUCAGAAACACCCGAGAGAUAAACAUAUUAAGCUUUGUUCUGAAUCUCAAGUGUUGAUGCGUCGCGCAUCUGUUUGUUUAACGUUCACCAGUGCGUCUCAGUAAAUGCUGCCUUCUCACCUUCCCUCUUUAUUAACGACAUAAAAACAGUCAUAACUGUCGUCAGUCUGCAUGUUUUGCAACUCAUUAGGGAGAUUGUGUGAGAGGAAGCACUUUUACCAGUCGGGAUGCAGGUUGUACACACCCACUGGAACAUUAUGGUGGUUUUAGAUGAAUAUGUGUUGUGGAAUAACGCAUAAUUAACAAUCCGAUUCAGCAGUACUCCAGCUAACUGACCCGUUAGAUGUACAAAACAUUGCUCUUCAGUGGUUUAAGUGCCUGCCGACAGUUGCCUCCUGACCCUUGUAAAGAGUGAUUGAUAAAUAAAUCUUGGCUGCCUGACAUUUGUGGCUUGUCACCAAUCGGAUAAAUAAUUCACUGACAAGAGAAGGCGGCAGUGGAUUUUGCAGCCCCGAGAGAAUACGAAGUUGUGCUUUCCAACUCUCCCAAGGCCUCAAGAGGCUGUGCACACUAACACAUAGUAGCCUUUGCAUCAGAGUCUGAAGCAUUAAAAUGACCAAAAUCUGUUUGCUGUUUUUCUAAAAUAUAUCAGUAGAGGUUUUAUGCAUUUUAUUUUCUACUUCAAAUUGUUUUGAUCUUCUCUAAAAUGGGAUUGUUACUGAAACACUAGCAUAUGCAAAUGUUUAAAAAAAACGGAAAUCCUUUGAGAAAAUGAAAUUUUGCAUUAUUCCCAUUUUGAUUUGAUUUACACAUCGAGAUUCUUUAUCUACAACAUUAAACAGUUGAUUGAAA